ACAGAACUGUGGUACCAGUCUCAGCUCAUGAUUGUGAAACAACAUGCGGACUAUUUUGUGUGUAAAAUGCACGGGAAUCGUUUGGUAACUCUUCGUCGAUCUCUCUGACGGACACCGGCAAUGUGGACAAUAAUGGUGUGGAAAAUUGGCCUGAUAAACUAUUAGAACCCAUUUAAAAUGUCUUUAUUAAGAUUCAGUAUUGCCAGGCGAAAUAUUCUACCCUUGUUUCAUGUUAAAGCACCAAAUUAUGACUUUAUGGGGAGGAAUACGUCGUGUAUAUGUAUGUUCUCAUCAUUCGGCGUUUCGGUUUCUGCGGGUCACCAGUUGAUAGUCUGCGGUCUGCGUCGGGGGAGUGUUCCUCGAGCUUCUGAUUCUCAUUUUAGACGCUGCAUAUCAACAAGCAGCCUGAAUAGAUGCGAGGCAAAGACGAUACGAAUAGUGGAGUAUAUAAGUGAACAGAACCAACCUAAAGGAGAGAUUCAUGCAGAUCUUAGUAAUGUCCUACAGACGAGAAUGAGUCAGUUGGAACAUCAUAUCAAUGGAGAGAAAAUCUUCUCAGUGCCAAAGCAGCAUUCUAGAAAACUAGCAGUAGCAAAAGAAACUGCAAAAAGUGCAAUAAAGACAAAGACAUCUACAAAGCAGGAUGCAGUGAAAAAGAAAACUAAGACUACUAAAGUGACCACAAAGGUCAAGACUAAAAAUAUAAGUGCAGCUAGUAAGAAAAACACAACAUUGACCUCAAAACAAUCUAAAUUAGGUUCCAAGCCAAAGACUGAUCAAAGUAAGAGCAAAACGAAAGCAAGUAGAUCGCCGGCUGUCAAAAAGGUUGAAAAGGAUGAUCCUUUGAAAGAUAGGACUACAAAGAAAACAAAAUCAUUAAAUACUUCUAGCAAGAAUGAAAGAACAGUAAAAUCAAAAUCAUCAGUGAAAGGUGCUUCUAAGACUGCAAAAAAGGAGUCAGUGCAAGAAAGAGGAAAUUCUAGUACACCAGAUUCAGUGCAAUCACAAUCAGUACAAAAUGCAUCUUCUGAACUUAAAUCUUUGUCAUCAAAACAGUCGCAGUCCACUCUUGCCUCUAGGUCAACAUUGAUGACACCUACAUUGAAGGCUUCAUCAUCAUCAAUGUCACCAUUGUCAUCGUCAUUUUCACCAUCAUCAACAUUGUCAUCAUCAUUGUCAAAGAAAUCCACUCCGUCUUCAAAACCAGAACCCUUAAUGACACCAACCCUUGCUUCAGAGCAGUCUUCUGAGCUACUUCCUUCCAGCGACAGUACACCAUCUUCAAAACAACUGCACAAUGUCAAUCUUGCCUUCCGUACAUUGCCUUCCAACCUCGCCAGGGGAACUGAUAACAAACUGCUCGCUUCUACCAAGUCAUUAGCAAGUUCAUCCAAUGUGCUGAGCCAGAAACACCAUGAUUUGAAAGAGGAUGGGGUAGAUGAACUCAGGCUGACAUCACAGGUGAUGAUGGGUGGUCUCUCCCAGCGUACCUUUGAUCUGGAUAAUGAGGAUGUCUUUGAGCAAGACAUGCAGCUCCUGGAUGUUGUCACAGGGAAGAGUCCUGGAAGUAUUGAGUCGGUCAUUGACAAAAGUGCAAUAAGGAAGAAAGGAACUUGGAAGAAAGUCAGGCGGAAACAGUUCACUGAGGAUGCCGAGAGCUACCUGAGGCCGUACAUGGAAGCAUCUGUAUACAGUGAUAAUAUUGAGGCAGCACAGUCUUUGUUGUUUGCCUUUGAGAAGCUGAAUGGCCAAGUUCAGGUAGAUGAUUACAAUACACUCAUACAAGCUUGGGCUAGGAAGGGUAAAUGGGAUGAAGUGCGCCAUCUCUUGGCCAGAAUGGUAUCCAAGAAUGUGACAUCUGAUAGACAAACGUAUGCAGCUUCACUGGAAUGCUUAGCCAGAUGUGAGGAACCAGAUCUGAAAAUUCUUCAGAAAGGCCUGGAGCAGAUGGAUAAGGAUGAUAUAACGUUGGAAGAUGUCUUGUCCUUUGGAUCGUACAGUGGUGAAGGGCGCCAUCUUGUGAUCAAAUUAGUCCAGAGAUUGCUACCGUCCUUUGAGCCGCCUGGUCCAGGAAUCAGGGCUCAAUGUACUACGAACAUUGUAGAAGAUCUGUAUGAUGGAGGGUCGGCAUCAGAGAAGGGUUCACCGUUACUGGAGUUGAUGAGUAGAGAAGACCUAGAACAUAAGAUUUGCCAGCAAUGGGACAUGGAGCUUGCUGAGACCGUCACAGUGACAUCGGUAGAAGAGACUGAUGCACCUGAUGCAGUCACGGCUCACAGGAGAAAACUUCUUGAUCAACAUCGUGCUCAGUGGAGAAGAUCUCUCAAAAGAGCAUUGGAAAAUGAGAAAACACGUCAAUAUUUCAAAUUUAAAAGCCCCAACUUUUCGUCCAUCUGCUACUACCCGUUCCUGAUCUUACUCCAGCCGGAUGAAUACGUUGACCUCAUGCUGCAGUCGUUGUCUAACUUAUCGUCAACAACAGAGGGCAGUAUGACUAUUUCCCUGGCACGUGAUCUGAGUACUAAGCUCCAUAGGAAGUACAGCAUUCGAGCUAAGCUGAAGCAGGGCAAUGCUCAACAGAUCAAAGAACUGUACGAGGCUUACGUCUUACGCACUGCAGACGAUCAGGAAACUAAUUUUGAGUUGCCUAGGGAGUCCUUUCAGGAGCUUGAAGACAGGAUGCUAGGGAGUUCUUCUUUAGAUCAGGGUUUUCAAGCCAAGGUAUGGCCAACAGGAAUGUUGAUUGGGAUUGGUACAUUACUAGCGGACAUGAUGCUGAGAGAAAUCAAGAUAGAUGCAAACAUGAACAACAACAAACCUGAAAAGCAAUGGAUUCCUGCCCUUUAUCACAUGUAUACAUACAGGAGCUUCAAACAUGUCGGAUUCAUCAAGCCUCAUCCUACAUUGGUAGAUCUCUUCCAGACAGCCAAGGAUCCAAACCUCGUGUUUGAUACCAAUAUGCUUCCAAUGUUAACCCCACCAAUCCCAUGGACAUCUGUUAGGUUUGGUGCUUAUCCUCUUAGCUCUACUAAGAUCAUGCGUAGCAAAGACGGAGCUCAUCAACACCAAGACUUAUUAGAGAAGACUCCAUCCCAAGAACUGUACCCCAUCCUAGAUGCCCUCAAUCAACUCAGUACUGUGCCUUGGAUCAUCAAUCAGCCUGUUCUGGAUACAGUGAUAUCAGUAUUUAGGAAUAAUGGAAGUAAAGAUCUUGAUGUACCUCAACCAGCCUCAGCUUGCCAAUUACCACCUAGGAUAACAAGUGAUAUCUCUCGAGAGGAGCUGGCUCAGGUUCACCGAGAGAGGGCAGCAGCACGUAAACUACAAGCUGAAAUGCAUUCCUUGAGGAUGGAUAUGUUGUACAAGCUUUCUAUAGCAGACAAGGUUCGGGAUGAAAUUGUGUGGUUCCCUCACAACAUGGAUUUCCGUGGUCGGGUCUACCCCUGCCCACCCCACUUCAAUCAUUUUGGCAGUGAUGUCACCAGGAGUCUUCUAUUAUUUGCCCGGGGGAGACCCCUGGGUGAGGAGGGAUUUAGAUGGUUGAAAAUUCACCUUGUCAACCUUACUGGCCAUAAGAAAAGAUGUGCUGUUGAAGAAAGGCUUCAGUAUGCUCAUGAUAUGAUGGAUGAGAUUAUAGACUCAGCUGAUAGACCUCUUGAUGGCAACAAGUGGUGGCAGAAAUCUGACGAGCAAUGGCAGACGUUAGCUUCGUGUAUGGAGCUUACCAAGGCGAUAAGGUCAGGUGACCCUGCAUCGUACAUCAGCCACCUCCCAAUACAUCAGGACGGUUCAUGUAAUGGUCUUCAGCACUAUGCUGCCUUGGGACGUGAUCUGGUCGGAGCUCAGCAGGUCAACCUUCAUCCCUUUGAUGUACCGCAGGAUGUCUACAGUGGGGUGGCUCAGAUGGUUGAGGAGCUACGAAGACAAGACGCAGAGAAAGGAAACAAGAUUGCGCAGGCCCUUGCUGGGCACAUCAAGAGAAAUGUUGUGAAGCAGACUGUAAUGACAGUGGUGUAUGGUGUUACAUCCUAUGGCGGCCGGCGUCAGAUCCUCAAGCAGCUCAGGGAAGAAGAUGACCUCACCAUGGAUCAGAAAUGGUUUGCUGCUGGCUACAUCACACUCAAAGUCUUUCAGAGUCUUAGAAAGAUGUUUACAAAGACCAGAGAAAUACAGGAUUGGCUGACAGAGAGCGCUUGGUUGAUCUCUAAGGCUGGCGAGACGGUAGAAUGGGUAACCCCUCUUGGUCUCCCAAUCAUACAGCCGUAUCAUAAGAAGAGUCUGAAACUUAUCUCCCAUGGAGGUCGCAACGUCUAUCACGAAGAUAGGAAUAGUCAGAAUGAACGUCCAGACACGAUGAAGCAGAAGAAUGCAUUCCCACCAAACUUCAUUCAUUCCCUUGACUCAACUCAUAUGAUGCUUACAUCUCUCUAUUCUCAAAGAGCUGGUAUCACUUUUGCUUCUGUUCAUGACUGUUACUGGACCCAUGCCAACUCUGUCAACCAAAUGAACAAGAUCUGUAGGAACCAGUUUGUAAAGCUACACAAAGAACCAGUCUUAGACAAUCUGGCUGAAUUCAUGGUGGAGAAAUAUGGUCAGCUGGAAAUGCAGGAUACAUCCAAACUCAAACGAGGAAGCAGAAACAUGAAGAUCAUCGAGGAUUAUGUCAAAAAUGUACCUCAGAAGGGAGAGUUUGAUCUCGACAAUGUCUUGAAAUCAACUUAUUUCUUCAGUUAACGAUACAUACAAUCACUAUGAGGACAUAGAAGAAUCAAGCAAGGGGUUGUUUUACAAUCUCAAGAGGUCAUAGUCGAUGUACCUGGCAGAGUGGCAGGACUUUAUUAUUUGAUGCAUGUUAGUAUACCUCAAGCCAAGCACAAAUAAUAAAGAGUACUUAUUAGAUGGAAGUUUUCACAGUCCUUUGAAUUGGUCGUCAUGGCUUAUCUUGAUACAUGACUUCUUUGAAUAUAUCGUCCAAGAGUUUUCUUGUGUAUUCCUAACUUCUGUUAUAAUUUUAUGUGGUACAUACAGAUGACCAGUACUCAUUUUCUGUUGGGUUUGCGGGAGUGGUUUCAUAAAGCUGUCCGCAAGUUAUGAAUGCCUUUACACACUAGUGGUGACCUGGGCCCCGUCUUACAAAGAGUCACGAUUGAUCCAAUCAAUUGCAACUCUAUGAAAAUCCGUCAAUGUCAUAAUUUUUCUACAGGAAAUUUGCAAAAUGUCCUUUGUAAACACAGGGGGAAAACUCCAAAUUGUCAAGAAAACAAUGAAUUUAUGAAUAUACAUUAUAUCUAGAAAAUAUUUUGAACAAACAUGCAUUUAUAAGAUGCUGACGUUGCUGGCUUUCCAUAGUUACGAUUGAUCGGAUCAUUAUCAACUCUUUGUAAGACAGGGCCCUGUUCUUGUGUGAAAUCAUAUGACCCUACUGAGCUUACUUAUCACUGAAGAAUAUGUUCCAGUUGUCUGUUAAAUCUAAAGAUUUUACGAUCAGCUUUAUGAAACACUGCAUGAGACUCUUGCCUGGUAAUUGAAUUCUCGCUACCCCAAAUAGCGAUUUCGCCGAGAUCCGGGAAAAUCCCUGUAACGCGCAUUGCAUUAUGGGAUAGCUUUCCGGUAUUACAACUUCCUGUUCGGAAGUCCAAUGCACUGUUUUGCCAUUCAGAUCAACAGUGCCGUCAUGCACAACAACACAACGUCGCUUUCGCUCGGAAAGUUCGUGAUCACAACCCUCUCUUUCACGAUACAGUUUAACAGCCUUUUCUGCUAAAGUCACUAAUUCUGCCCGACGCUUUCCAUUGCACGGUAUUCCUCCGUCAGAUUUUUUUAAGUUCCGAAACUGAUUUUUUUAAUCAAUUUUGUGGUCGACGAAAAAUUGGACGGAAUGAAUGCUGUAUAUAUUCAGGGUCUAGUCGAAUACGAUCGUGAUGUCAGGCCGGUCGCUAAAUGCAAAAUUUUAAGAUAUUCAUUUUUCGUUUACUUUUUUUAUAACCAAAUAAAAACAUGAAUAAAAAUUAUUUUCACGUAAAAUGUAUUUUUUAUUUUUAUUUAUAAUUCAAAUGGAAUCAAAACUGACCAAAUUAAAUAAAAAGUAUCAUAAUCUGUACAUAUUACGCUGAUUGGCAUCGAUUUCAGCGUGGUGGAAAACUCAAUAUCGCGAACCUGGCGCGAGCAUGACUCUGAACCGGAAGUGGUGAUGACGACCUGACGGAGUGAAAAUUAUCUCGUCUCGCGCAUUAUGAGAUUUUUGUUCCUAUUUGGGGUAGCGAGAAUUACAUGUACCAUAGAUGGAUAUACAGUAAGUAACCUGUCAAGGUACCCUUAUAAAUCUUCUAUUCAUCACACGUUUUGGGGAAAGUUUGAUUGCCUUUCCAAAUAGUGCCUUAAAUGAGUAAUGAUGAUACAAGUACAGGGGGUGUUUUACAAUGAUUUCAGACUAAAUUUGACAUAUAAAUACCCAGUUGCAUGUGGCAACUAACAUAUCACCACAUCGGUCAAAACACAUGGAGUGGACAUGCUUUCCUACCUGGAAAUCAUUGAGAUUGUGUGUUGCCUAUCAUGUGCUCGUUGGUAAUUCAACUUGAUUUUUAGUCAGAUUAAACUAUAUGUGAAACACUACUCACUUCCAAUUUCUGUAAGACAAUUUAACCAUUGUAAUGCAAGUGAUCACGAUUUAUUUAAAACCAAUUUUGUUAUUUAUAUUUAUAUAUACAUGUAUGUUAUUUUAUGUAUUUUUUUUACAAGCCUGUUAAUUUUAUGUUGUAUUUUCUAUUCUAUGCAAAAUUAUCUGAAUUAUGUCUGAUGUAAGCAAGUCCUUUCUUUAGAUGGACAAAUUUGUGUUAAAUUCAUAUGUGUACUUCACUCAUGAAAGGCAUGUCUGCAAGGAAGUUA